GGCAUGUCUGGGAGGAAAUGUUAUUUUCUGUUGAGAAUUAAUGGCUGAACACGUUCACUGUAUUUUGUCUUUAAUUUCAACAGAAUAUAGCUGGGGGUUGCUUGUAGCCCUGAUUAAUUAAUUAAUAAUUAUUAAUAAUCAUUUGUAUGUUCUGUGUUUAGGUUWAAUGUUACAAAUGGAACGGUACACGUCAUACAUAGGAUGUGAGAUUUCUAAGGUGCCUUUAUCUGAUGUUGCUCAGAGGAUUAUGACAGCUUUGCAGUCUAUUCCUGUAGAAGUUCAGAAUAACAGAGAAAAUAACCAGAGUGUAGAGAAGCCAAAGGAAAAUAAACUAGGUGAUGAGGAUGCGCAUCUGAGAAAUGAAAAGGAGGUUUGUGAUUCCAGAAUUGCCGUAUUCAAAGCAACUGCCAGCCCUGAAAAAAGAACUGCUGGUCAGAUAGUCAGGACAGUGCAUAUGGAUGAAGUGCUUGGCUGUCAAGAUUGCAAAAUAGUGAACUGUUACCAGGAUUCAGGCUUCCCAAAAUGGGGAUAUCAAGAAACGAGUCUUUCAGUGGAAGCAAAAUACCUGAAGGAUGCGGAAAAKAAAAUAGUUAUUCCUCUUAAAAGAAGGCAAAAUGUGUCUAUAACUUGUUCAGAGAAAACAAGAAGAUUGCAUGUAAAUACCUACAUGUCCUCUCAUGAAAGAAGAUACAGCUGUACUCCUGAACAAAUAAAGUCUUCUGGAAAGUGUCCUUGUGAUAUCAGCACUUUAGGAUCUGAAGAAAAAAAAGAACUGCUUGCAACUAUACAACAGGCAGUGGCUUUUGUAACUACUAUGAUAUUUCAUGAUGGUUCUUCACAGCUUACCUCGGAGCAGGCCUCUACCUCAUCAAUAAAAGGAGUUGUUGUGCUGGUGAAGAAUCAGACCCAUCACCCUUGUCCUCCCAGUCACACUUCAACUGGUUAUGCUUGGAAUGCUGCUAAUGAAAAUGAUAAAUUAAUUUAUUUAAAAACUGAACAAUCAUCUCUCUGGGAACAAGAGCAGCCUCACAAGAAAGUUUCUUGGCAAGUGUURUUUCAAAUGCUACAGUGCAAAGUUCCAAUAAUUUGCUUCAAUGCAAAAGAUUUCCUGAGGACUCUACUUCAAGUUUAUGGUAAUGAAAUCAGCUGGAAACAAGUUGCUGAUUGUGUUGUGUUAGAUCCAAGGAUUGCAGCAUGGCUGAUAAACCCCAGCGACACAGUUCCUUCCUUUGAGUGUUUAAUACACAAGUAUUUUGAGAAGCCUUUUUCAAAGGGAACAGAAAAUACAGAUACWGCCACUUUGAGAAAUGUAUCUUAUCAAAACUUAGGUGUGAACUUGGAGAAGCUUUAUAAYGUAAUGAUGGACCUUUCUCAUGGUUUAAAGGCUCAAGGUUUGUGGAACUUAUUUUGCACAUUAGAGCUUCCACUUGUCAAAAUUCUGGCAGUGAUGGAAACACACAAAAUAUAUGUGAACAAACAGGAACUGAAAAAAACAUCAGAGAUUCUAGGGUUGCGGCUCAAAGAGCUUGAACAGGAGGCUCAUGAGGUUGCUGGAGAACGCUUCCUUUUGACCAGCAGUUGUCAACUCCGAGAGGUACUAUUUGAUAAGUUAAAACUGCAUAYGCUGUGUGAGAAACUUCACAGGACUGAAAUACAGCAGCUCGUAUCCACCUCAGAAGUUGUGCUAAAUAAAUUGCAAGAUCUUCAUCCUUUGCCUAAGAUAAUUUUAGAAUAUCGCCAGGUUCAUAAGAUGAAAUCAACUUAUGUGGAUGGACUACGAACAUGCAUGAUGAAGGGAUUUAUUUCCUCUACUUGGAAUCAAACAGGAACUGUGACUGGCAGGCUUUCAGCCAAACAUCCUAACAUUCAAGGUAUCUCUAAACAUCCAGUUACAAUUAGAAAGAAACAGUACAUAAAAGGAAAAGAAGAGGACAUAGUAACUAUUUCCCCAAGAACAUUGUUUGUUUCAAAAAAAGGAUGUACAUUUUUAGCAGCAGACUUUUCCCAUAUUGAGUUAAGGAUCCUUGCUGACUUAUCAUCUGAACCAGAACUUCUGAAACUGUUCCAAGAACCUGAAAUCACUGAUAUAUUUUCUACACUUGCUUCUCAGUGGAAAGGGAUUCCAAUUGAACAAGUGAAACAUGCUGAUAGGGAGCAAGCAAAACGCAUCGUUUACGCUGUGGUUUAUGGAGCAGGUAAAGAACGUCUUGCUGACUGUUUGGGAAUUACUCCUGCUCAAGCCAGUCAAUUUAUAGAGAGUUUUAUGCAAAAAUACAAGAAAGUACAUGAAUUUACAAAGAAAACCAUUGAACAGUGCCGAAAUAAAGGUUACGUGGUUUCCAUAAUGGGACGCAAAAGGCCACUGGCCAAUAUCAACGCACAGGAUUACAAGCAACGCACUCAAGCAGAGAGACAGGCUGUCAAUUUUGUUGUUCAAGGUUCUGCAGCUGAUCUUUGUAAAAUGGCUAUGGUGAAGAUUUUUGCCUCUGUUGUCAGUUCUCCAACUUUAACAGCCAGGYUGAUUGCUCAGAUCCAUGAUGAAUUGUUGUUUGAAGUGGAAGAUUCUCAAAUCCAGGAAUUUUCAGCACUGGUAAAAAGCACAAUGGAGUCCCUGCAGCAAACCACAGCCUUGGAAGURCCACUGAAGGUUCCCUUGAAAGUGAUUCUCACCRCUGGGAAAUCAUGGGGGUGUAUGACAGAAUUGCAGGAGAUGUAAAGCAGUCAUCGGGGAUGUUAUUCAGUACCCAAACACCUCAUUGGCCUGUGCUGAUUCCUCGCUGAAUCACUAGGCAACAGCGCUGCUGGAUCUUUCAUAAGCACCUA